AUGGCGACGGUAAUCGUCGGUGGAGGAAUCGUUGGGGUCACUGCUGCACACUACUUACUGAAGAAGGGCAGGAAGGUGACCCUUAUCGAAAAGUGUGCCAUCGCAUGCCACUCCUCUGGCAAAGCUGGUGGUUUCCUGACGGACGGAGAUUCAGGAUGGCACAGUGGCUCCAUCGCUCACUUGGCCAAGCGUUCCUUCGCACUGCACGAGGACUUGGCCAAGGAGUUCGGGGCCGACGCGAUCGGUCACAGACGCGUAAAGUGUCUGGGCCAAGGACGAGAUGGCAGCACCGCGCAGCCGGCCUGGCUCGCUUCGGGCCAGUACCAGAAAGACAUGGGCAACGAGACCGGACUGGCACAGGUUACACCAUACAAGCUGAUGGAUGCACUCAAGGACUCCAUCGUGAAGCGAGGUUGCGAGAUCAUCAUCGGCAAGGCCACUGGUGUGGAGAUGGCAGGAUCUACCGUGACGGCCUUGAAAGUGAGCCAGGACGGCAAGGAGUCUUCACUUCCAUGCACAUCCUUGAUCCUCGGGAUGGGCGCAUGGGCGAGCGAAGCGGCCGAGUGGUUCCCUGGGAGCACGCUGCCUCGGCGCACCGUCUCGAACCGCUACACCAGCGUGAUUUGGGAUGAUGUUGAGGUUGGCAAGGAUGCUACAAUGGUGUUCACCAUGGGCGAAGACCACACGGAGAUCUAUCCUCGAGCAAAUGAGUGCUAUGCUAAUGGCUGCCCAACGGAUCCCCCUUUGCCAGAUAACCCCAUGGAGAUCGAGCCUCCUCAGGACGAGAUCGACAGGGUCAAGGCCGAGAGCGUCGCUGCCGUUCCGCGGCUCAAGGAUGCAACGGUCAUUCGCAGCACGGCCUGCUUCCUCGCAGGCUCCGAGGACCACCGACCGGUGGUUGGCCGCAUCCCGAAGACCGAGAAUGCUGUCAUAGCAUGUGGUGGAGGCUGCUGGGGUAUUCUGAAUGGCCCGGCGAUGGGCGAGGCUGCAGCAGCCCUGGCAGCAGGGGAGGAGCCCCCACUGGACAUCUCUGCGUUCGAUCCUCUGCGCUUUGACCGGUCCCACCUGUCGGCUUUCAUCAAGGGCUUGCCCCCGAAACUCACGGCUUUGGUGGCUCAGCACCCGGAGCUCGCGGAAGCUUUGCGACAAGAUCCGGAGAAGAUUGCGGCUCUCGUCGCCAUGAUGGAGGACUGA